CUGUCUCUGUCUCUCUCUCUCUCGCACUCGCUCAUACAUGUCUCGCUCGAACGUCGAGCUAUGCGUGUUCGUGCAGUCUGCUUAGACGCACGCACGUAACACGCGCGUAUGUUUACAUAAUUCACGCAGAUCAGUGUGUGAGGCAGCAGCGUCACCAACAAUAACGAGAAAGAUCGCCUCGACCGCGCACUGCAAGUGAUCAUCGUGACAAAAAAAGAUACGUUCUAUAUAUUCUUUAAAACUACCGUGCGCGUGUGUGCUCGUGAAAAAAUGUCUUCGUCGUCCGACGACGAGUGCGGCGAGAGCUGCGUGGAGCUGAAGAGCAUGUGCGAGAACGUCAGCUACUCGGGCGGCGUCAGCGACCGACGCGAAUUCCUCCGCCAGCUCUACGAUCUGAUCGGCCGCUGGAAGGGCGAUCUACCUAACCUCGGCAACAUCUUUCGGCCGCGCGAGCUCGACUGGCUGCUCGCCGAGUCCGUGACGAACAACAGCUGGCAGCAGCAGUCCGCGGCGGCGGGCCACUCGUUCGUCGACUUCGUCAUACGCUCCAACUACGUGGACGAGUCCGAGGUCGUCGACAAGGACGGCAGGCCGUGGUCGCGUCGCACCACGGCCAUCCAUCGCGCCGCGCAGCACCAGAAAUUCGACCGCAUUCGCGAUCUGUUCAAGAUCUACAGGAGAUUCGACGUGAACUACGUCGACGAGGAGUCCGGCCUGACGCAUUUUCACGCGGCCUGCGUAGCCGGCCUCGACGACCUGGUCGAGAAGUUCCUCGAGCUCGGCCAGAAUCCCAAUUGUCCGUCGAGCAAGUCGGUCGACGCGCCGCUCCAUCUCGCGCUGCGUCACGAUCGCGUCAAGGUGGUGGAGCUGCUGAUGGAGAGCGGCGCCUUCCCGAAUCUGGCCAACGAGGACGGCUCGACGCCGCUGCACGUCAUCAGCCAGAGGCCGAGCGACGACGACCUCAUGGAGGUGUUCUUCAGGAUCAACGACGCGAUACUGCAGAAGGUGCAGCUGGACGUGCGCGACAAGCUCGGCGACACGCCGCUGCACUACGCGCUGCGCUACGGCAACGCGAGGACCGCCGAGACGAUGCUGAGGCGCGGCGCCAAUCCGAAUCUGGUGGACGCGCGCGGAUCGACCCCUCUGCAGAUCAUCUGCGAGGGAGGAAGGGUGGAACUGUUGCGGCUGUUCUUACGGAUCGUCGACGAGACGGGUCAGCAGGUGGACAUCGACGCUCGAGACGCCGAGGGCCGGUCAGCGUUGCGAUUGGCCGUGGAGAAUUUGUGGGCGGACGUGGUCGACGUGCUGCUGGAUCGUGGCGCCGACUUGACGAAUUUCGUCUUCUCCAUCAAGAGUCACAUCUUGAACAAGGACUUGGAGUAUUACGACUGCAUGAGAAGCGAAUUGCAGCUGGAAUUCGCGUGCGGCGUUCUGGCCGUGACCGAGUGCCUCGAGAAGAGGGGCUACCAGCUGGCGCGCGCCGACGCCCUGACGAUCAUGCACGCGUUCGCCCAGCAGGGUAUCUUCGAGGAGUUCGCCUCGCUGGAAAAGUACUGGUACGAGUACGAGGAGCUGACGACCGAGGCCAGCCAGAUAAUGAUCAAUCCGCGGGUGUCGCUCGACCGAAUCAGCCUGCUGCGGCCCCGUGACGCGGCCAAGCAAUUCCGGUGUCUCGACUGCUUCGCGCUGUGGCGCUCGGGCGAGCUGUGGAAGAAGCUGCCCGAGGCGCCGCGGCGGGCCUGCAUCGCCCAGCUCAACGAGAUCAUUGCGCGCGGCUUCUGCCGGCGCUGGGCCUACGAGGCGUUCCUGGAGCUGACGCGAUACCGCGUGCCGGUCGAGUGCUGCGACGCGAUAGUCGGCGAGCCCUCGUUCAAGAACGUGGAUCUGUACAAGAUUUGUUUGGCGGCCGCGGGGGGGAACUCGUGAUUCUUCGAAACUCCGCACUCGUGUGUGAAAUAAUAACGACGAAGUGUUGUGCGACGGCACGAAAUAGCUGCGGCUCGAUAAAAAAUCAUGAAUGUAAACAUUAAGCUUUGUUAC